AUGACGAGAGCGACGCGCGAUAUCCGUUCAUUCUUUGGAGCUUUACCACCAGCCAAGAAACGUCGUACGAAAGAAGGCAAAGACGUGCUUGACAUAUUAACGCAAGACAACGUCGUUCACAAAACGUCUAUAGUGGAGUCAAACAGUAAGAAGCAGAAUCAAGAAGACGAACAGGACGAGACCAACAACAAAGAACAGGAUUAUGACAGAAACAGAGAGCAGUGUGAGGUAGUGCAAGUGACAAGGUUUGCCCAUCUGCAGAGGAAGGCGCUAUUGCGUUUGAUGAUGCAUCCUUCGUGGUUCGAAUUGCUGAAGAAAGAUUUUGCGCACGGCUCUUUUCAAGCACUAACGAGAUUUCUAGAAGGCGAGGAAGACCGGAAAAGGACCCUCUAUCCACCUCCAGCUGAUGUGUUUGCGGCAAUGAGAGACUGCGCUUUUUCAAAUAUUAAGGUGGUGAUUCUGGGUCAGGAUCCGUACCACGGGCCACAACAGGCGCAUGGACUGAGCUUCUCGGUGCGCCACGGGGUCCCGCCACCACCAAGUCUUAAGAACAUUUUUAAAGAGGCAAUGACCGAUGUAGGUAUUUCCCGCCCCACACACGGCUGCUUAUCAUGCUGGAGUCGCCAGGGCGUAUUUCUUCUUAACACGGUGCUUACUGUUCGCAGGGGUGAGCCUAAUUCCCACAAGAAGCGCGGCUGGGAGCAUUUCACGGAUGCUGUCAUUUCUAGAGUUAGCAAAGACGCCUCAAACGUCGUUUUUUUGCUCUGGGGGAAACCAGCACAGGAAAAAAGCUCAUUAAUUGAUUUGAGUCGACAUCUUGUGCUGCGUUCGUCGCACCCGUCACCGCUGGGUGCCACCAAAACUAACACGCCAUUCCUGGGUUCAAGGUGCUUCUCGCGUGCCAACAGCUACCUCGAAAAGCAUGGCAAAGAGCCUAUUGAUUGGAAUAUCGUGCAAUAA